AUGUCAGAAAUGGGCAAUCUCAUCAGCAGUGACGACGAACUACCUCCAAGGCUUAAUGGUACCAAAGAAGGUACUUUCGUAUUCUUCACGAUUGCUGAGCGAUGGCCCAAGACUAUAGCAAAAACAGUGGACCACUUUCACCGUAAGCGGCGGGAUUUGAUAGAUCAAUAUGGACCGGAAGCAGAUGCAGAUGUGAAAGCAGUCAUCGGAGAAUUGUCGGAGCUUCGUUAUCGUAUCUCGACCGAUAAACAAUUAGAAGACAUCAGUGACACGUCAUAUAGCUACGAGAUGUGGAAUAAUUUGCUGGCACGGAUGAGAGCUGAGUAUGGUGCGGAUGAGGUGACGUGGUUCAAAUGCGAUUGGUUGUUCGCGGAAUGCUAUUUGUACAGAAGAAUCGUUGGUUGUACAGCGAAGACCAAAUAUUUGAAGAGUUUUGACUUCUUCAUGGAACAAAAAGUUGAAGGAUUCAAUAGCCACUUAGAACAAAUCCGAGAUGGUAUCAAGUAUGUAUUUGCUGUUGCUGAUAAUUUGUCCAUACAGCAGGAACGUGAGACGUUGGAGGUUUUAUUAAAGACUCAGUCUCCAAUAGAAAGUGCUCGAUCCUUGGAUUCCUACAUUUUAUGCAAUGAUCUUGGAGCAGCUAUUGAAAAGUUUUUCCUGAAACUCAAACCGAAUAAAGCGGGAUCAAGGCAGUUCCACAUUGUACUCGAUAAUGCAGGCCCUGAACUUAUGGGAGAUCUCCUUUUCGCCGAGUAUCUCAUGCAAACGAAACUAGUCGAUAAAACAGUACUACAUGGGAAGGAAUAUCCUUACUUUGUCUCUGACGUAACAGGAGGUGAUUUCGAGUGGACAAUGGCUGAGUUGAAAAAACGCGGAGAUGUAUUCAAAACUAUGUAUGACAAGUUGUCUACAAGGCUGAAGAAGGCG